GAACGUCGAGCUCUUGUAGGCGACGCCAAAUACCAUGCUCGUAUCUGCUUAACCGAUAAUUUGGUCUGGCUUAGUCGAGUGCCUCAGAUGUGUGGCGAUGUUCCCCAAUCACUUAUCGACUACCUUAUUCGCAGCGAAUCUGCUACCCUCAAGUUUCUGGAAACAAUCAUCAUACCUUCUCCGUGGUUAUUAGAUUAUGGUAUCGCUAGUGAUGAGACUAUGAACUAUGUCCUUACGGAAGAAAUGACCAGUAAGCCAUGGGACGACCAAGGACCCCGCGAGAAGCGCAUUGUUUAUGAUCAGGAUAAGGAGAGUAUGGGCUGGCUUGAUAUAUUGAUUGAGAUUAAUCCCUUUCGGCCUUUAAACACUGCCACUGACGAUUAUAUCUCAUUUGCGGAGCAGAACAUGGCACUCAUUCCUGAUAAGCAGCAUUUCACUGUCUUCAUGCAUGAAGUCCCAGAUCCAGACGCAGGCUUUCUCUCAGGUGAACCGAACUCUGGCGCAGUGGGAACUACGGAGCAAUUCUAUCUCAAGCAUUUAGAUGCUCAGGGAAAGUAUCUCAUGGUGGAUGGUGACCUGAAUAUCAUCGGAAAUAUCGACUGGUAA